GUCCCCGAUAGAGCUGCGCUGCAGCUGUCUGGGCGCAAUAAUAACAACAAGCUGUGCCCGUCAACUUCACCGCGGCACUGACGCCAGCUGACAGCGCCGCAGAACGCCGACGUUCACAAAAUGCUGCCGUCCAAAUAACUCGGUUUCUUCUUGUUCCCGAGCCGAAAAGCGCUUUAUUGUCGCCGCCACCGCCGCGAAAAAAAAAAAACAACAAACGCGGAAAAACCGGCCGCAGAGGCGACAGGGCAGUCCAGUUGCUGCGUCUGGGUCAGUGGGCCUGUCGGCGGACGAACGGCUGGUGGGGUUUUUUCCCCGUCGUUCGCUCAGUACACACAUCGCGCCACUUGUCUUCGCCGCAGUAACAUGCAGACUAACGGGGCAGGACAGGGCCGAGGUUCAGAACUGUCCCGCCGAAACGGCGCGCAGAACAGCGAGUCCUCCUCCAGCGGGGUCGCUCACUCCAACGGACUCGGGUCGGUCACCAACAACGGAAACACUGUCAGCAACAACAACAACAACAACGGAGUGUCAGAGCCGCCUGCGUCCAACAACACCAGUGGCACGUCGGACAUGAAGAAGAAGAAGCGUCUGUCUCAGUCCGAGGAGGACGUCAUCCGACUGAUAGGACAACACUUACACGACCUCGGUCUCAAUCAGACGUUGGACCUCCUAAUGCAGGAGUCUGGCUGCAGGCUGGAGCACCCCUCUGCCACCAAAUUCCGCAAUCAUGUCAUGGAAGGAGAGUGGGACAAGGCUGAGAGUGAUCUGAAUGAGCUGAAAGCAAUGAUGCAUUCUCCAAGUGCUAUAGUGCGAAUGAAGUUCCUACUGCUGCAGCAGAAGUAUCUGGAGUAUCUCGAGGAUGGGAAGGUCCUAGAGGCCCUGCAGGUCCUCAGAGCUGAGCUCACUCCUCUUAAAUACAACACAGAGCGUAUCCACAUCCUGAGCGGGUACCUGAUGUGCAGUCACGCAGAGGACCUGCGAGCAAAAGCAGAGUGGGAAGGCAAAGGCACAGCAUCCCGAACAAAGCUGCUGGACAAACUCCAGACCUACCUACCUCCCUCACUGAUGUUGCCCCCCCGCCGCCUGCAGACUUUGCUAAAACAGGCAGUUGAGCUGCAGAGGGAACGCUGCCUCUAUCACAACACUAAGCUGGACAGUGGACUGGACUCUGUGUCCAUGCUCCUGGACCAUGCCUGUAGCCGGAAACAGUUUCCCUGCUACACUCAGCAAAUUCUCACUGAACAUUGCAACGAAGUCUGGUUCUGCAAGUUCUCCAAUGAUGGCACAAAACUGGCAACCGGGUCCAAAGACACCACAGUCAUCGUGUGGCAUGUCGACGUGGAAACCCAGCAGCUGAAGUUGAUGAAGACCCUGGAGGGUCAUGCUUAUGGUGUUUCAUACCUGUCAUGGAGUCCUGAUGAUGUCUAUCUGAUAGCUUGUGGUCCUGAUGACUGCUCAGAGCUGUGGCUGUGGAAUGUACAGACGGGAGAGCUACGAACAAAGAUUAGUCAGUCUCAUGAAGAUAGCCUAACCAGCGUGGCCUGGAAUCCAGAUGGCAAACGCUUCGUCACUGGUGGCCAGAGAGGCCAGUUCUACCAGUGUGACUUGGAUGGAAACCUGCUAGACUCGUGGGAAGGAGUUCGGGUGCAGUGCCUGUGGUGUCUGAGUGACGGCCGGGCCGUCCUGGCAUCUGACACCCACCAACGUAUCCGAGGAUACAACUUUGAAGACCUGACAGACAGAAACAUAGUUCAGGAGGACCAUCCUAUCAUGUCUUUCACCGUUUCCAAAAAUGGAAGGUUAGCUCUUCUCAAUGUUGCUACACAGGGAGUGCACCUAUGGGACCUGCAGGACCGGGUGCUGGUGAGGAAGUACCAAGGGGUUACCCAGGGCUUCUACACCAUUCACUCCUGCCUUGGAGGACACAAUGAAGACUUCAUCGCUAGUGGUAGUGAAGAUCACAAAGUUUACAUCUGGCACCGGCGUAGUGAACUGCCAAUCGCUGAGCUCACUGGUCACACCCGCACUGUCAACUGUGUGAGCUGGAACCCCGUCCUGCCUGGACUGCUGGCCAGCGCCUCCGACGAUGGAACUGUCCGAAUCUGGGGACCCGCCCCCUUCCUAGAAGUCCAGGAUGCUGAGGGGCUCAACGAAUGUUGCAGCAUGGACAGCUGAUGAUCGGCUGGUGCUCUGAAACUGAGGAGUGUUAAGACCCUGUAGACUCUUGAAGAGAUGAAGUGGGGAAAAAGCUUUGGAGAUUGGACAGCUGCUUCCUGGAGGGGGGGGGCUGCUUGUGCUCUGUGUCAGGAUGUCACAACACAGAGACGUCAGACUCCAUCACUUUACUGAGAGCAGAGCCGGCUGGGUGAAGCUGGGCUCCACGACCUCAAGUAACUGACCCAACUCCCCAUCCUCGUCCUUCUGUCUGGACCCGUUCCCUCGGCACCAUCCAGGACCACCCACCCCCUCUUAUUUAUUAUCAGCAACAUUAUUUAUACAAGUAGAUCACUGACAAGUGCUAGGCUGUGACAUAGCAGCGCAUGGUGGAGGGUGUGUGUUCAUAGUGUCUGGUCUGCUCACACGAAGAAGCUCCAACUCUUUCCCUCUCUCGCCUCCUGAGCCCAUGAAGAGAUUUUACCUGCAAGAACAUUUGAUUGCUGUACAAACCACUUGAAGAGAAAGAAUUUUUUAAUUAAAAUUUCUACGUUAUGUUUUUUUUUUUACUGCAGAACAUUUACAGUACGUUUUUCUCCCUCCACCUUUCCUGCGUAUACCAGAAAAAGAAUACUAUUUCAUGUGCAUGUGGCACAGAACUGCAACUUGACAACAUGCUUGAUGGUUAGUUUUGUUUUACACUUGCAGUAUGUCCAACUAUAUGAAUCAGAAUACAUGAAUGGUUGGCUGCAUACAGCAGUUGAUGUUGUUAAAACCCAUAAAGUUCAGAGGAUUAUCUGUCAUCUCUUACCUGCAUAUGAAUGAUCUGAGUGUAGUCCUCUUCAUGCUCUGUGUGGAUUUCCUCUUUAUUUUGCUUCUGGCUUCACUGUUUGCUUUCUGUUUCUAUUUCCACCUGUCCCUGAAUACAAACUGCAUUCUUUAUAUUCAUUUAUUUUCAUUCAUGUCAGUUGUUACAUGUUCUAAGUUUUAUUUGCCACUGUGUUUGUGUGUGAGUCUGUGUCUUAAAACUUUCUGACUUCCUUCCUCUGUCUGUGGCGCUCAGCUCAAAGCUCAAAUCUUUAAAAACACCUCACAAAUACAUAGUUUCUUUUUUUAAAAGACUAAUUUCCUGAGACAGCUGCUCGCUAAUUUUUAUGUCACAAACAGAAAGAAAUGGUAUAUUUGUAUAUAGUUGUUGUUUUCAUGAAUCCACAUUUGGUGUUGUAGUCAGAAUUUGGAGUAGCAGAAUGAUAUGUAUGAGUCAAAAUAAACUGUGUGUGUGUGUGUGUUCAUGGUAAUAAAAUAAAAAUGAAUCAGGCUGUAGAUCACACACACACACAGAACUUCAUUCUGUAAAUGAGAUUACUUUUCAGAAUUCAAAAAACAACAGAAAACUUUUCCAACAAGCCUUAUCCUUUGAGGUCAACACAUGACAGUAAGCUGACAGGAUGGUAACAAAAUGAUGGUGUGUAUUUUUAAUCAACCCAUCAGUGUGUAAAUCAUUUGAACAGAAGUGUAACAAAGUUAUACUGUAUGAACUUCUCCAAAGUGUUUCCUUUCAGAGAGUCAAAAGAACAAACCUGCCUGAUAUGAUGUUCAACAUAAUAUGCUGUAUAUUUGUAUUUUAUGGCUUGUAAAAUAAGGCUGUGUACAAUGGCAGACCAGAUGAAAUUUGUUUUUCAGCGUUCCCACGCCUGCUUUUUUUUAAGGUGAUCUUCAUCAGCAGCACUUCACACCUAACUUUCUUUAGUGUAUGCCUAUUCUAAUAUAUAACUGUGAGAUCACAAUUACACCUGCUAACACAGGUAACUUUGUUUUGAAAUUUACUAACGUAGAGUGCAGCCACAAUCACAUUGCAGUCUACUCAUUGCUGUGGCAUGUUUUCAAACUGUUUCUACAGAUUCUGUAGAAUGAGACUUGUUUUUACUGAAACUUAGUCCUGGAUGGUAACUGCAGGACAGUGAAGACUGUGGGAACCCUGUUUAACUGGCCAGGCACCAUCACAGCCAGCACCAGCUUUAUCACAGAACACACACACACAAACACACACACACACACACAAUAGUUGCACACAACAAUAGAUGUCACAAGCACACACACACACUAGUUGCACACAACAAUAGAUGUCACAAGCACACACACACAAGUUAAUCACAGUUGUGGUGUUCUAGUUUCUGCUUCUGCAACUUCCUUGAGUUUGUUUAUUCUGAGUAUUUCAGGCUUCUCCUCUUUUCUCUUGUAAUAAGAAGCAGAAGCCAAAGUAGGAACUCUGGUUGCUUGCAGGCCAUUUCUGCCAGGAACCCUUUUACAUUGUAAAUGUACUGUUACAAAAAGUGAUUGUAUUGUUCUGUUGGAGUCCUGUUACAAUUUAACAUUCACGUUACGUGUGCAUAUUUUGAAUAAAGAAUUCAGGGUUUUAAAA